CGAUCCCCAGCGUAACGUUUCGCGCUGGCGGUUAAACUUGUGCCUUUGUUUAUUUAAGAGAUUCUUGUCUCUAAAGUGACGUACAGUUAUUAUGAACUAAUAUUUAGCCGAUACCUUUAUCCAGGGUGACCCGCAGUGCUGGAUACACUGCACUAUUUUUUUGUGUUUCUUUAUAUUACCGUCUCAGGCAAGACUGGAGUUUACUCUCCUUCUCACGUCACUCUUUCAAUCACGCGCUCAUCCACCAGCAGAUUCGUGGGAACGCGCUUCUAACAGUCACGUGCUCCAGAAAUAACAUCGUGGUAACGCCCCAGGGUGUGUGAAGAGGAGCUGUGUUACUGACUAAAUCCGGAAUAAACUCCUUUAGGGAAACGUCCUCACAGCACAGAACCCGAAAAGGGGAAAGGGGUCUUUGAAGUCACUGUGAGAGAGGGGAGGGGGAUGGCGGUGGGAGGGGACGUUGCCGGGUGGGAGUUCCUCUCACGGCGGUGCGCGAAGGGGCCGGUGGAGGAGAGAUGCUGUCGGACUCGGAGCGCUGACUUGACUGCGAUCCGCUGCGAUCCGCGCGCCGGCACCACGGAGAGCCGCUGUCCGACCCCCCGCAGCGUCGUCGCCAUGGGCUCCGCGUCCUCGGCUCACCGCGCGGUCUACCUGGACGUGGACGGCAGGGUCCAGAAGGUCGUGUUCAGCCGGUUCUGCAGCCCUGGUGACAUGAAGGAGCUCUUCUGCACUGCAGCAGGACUACAGAGGAAUACAACCAUCUCCUUGAUGGAUGUCACCGGCGCCAUGGUCUCCAUCGAUCCCACCAUGCCGCACAACACGGAGAAGUCUCCUUACAAAGUGGUGCCUUUGUCCGGGGAACAGCUGGGGGACAAAGAGGAGCUCUUCCAGAAUGUGCUGAGCCAGGUGGCCGAGCAGUUCUCCAGGGCGUUCAGGAUAAACGAGUUGAAGGCUGAGGUGUCAAACCGCCUGGCCAUGCUGGAGAAGAGGGUCGAGUUGGAGGGGCUCAAGGUUGUGGAGAUCGAGAAGUGUCGCAGUGACAUCCAGAAGCUCCGAGAAGAGAUGGCCUCCAGGAGCCAUAGUAGUUUCCUUGACGACAGCAAGAAGCUCACACCCCGCAGGGACGUGCCUUCCUACCCCAAGUACCACCUGUCCCAGGAAACCGUGGAGGCUCUUAGAAAGCCCACCUUCGAUGUGUGGCAGUGGGAACCCAAUGAGAUGCUGAGCUGCCUGGAACACAUGUAUCACGACCUGGGCCUGGUCACGGACUUCAGCAUCAACCCCAUAACCCUGAAGAGGUGGCUGCUCUGUAUCCAUGACAACUACAGAAACAACCCCUUCCACAACUUCCGCCACUGUUUCUGCGUCACUCAGAUGAUGUACAGCAUGAUUCACCUCUGCAGACUCCAGGAGAAAAUCACGCAGAUGGACAUCCUGGUCCUGCUGACCGCAGCCGUUUGCCAUGACCUUGACCACCCAGGCUACAACAACACGUACCAGAUAAAUGCGAGGACAGAGCUCGCUGUACGCUACAAUGACAUCUCCCCCCUGGAGAACCAUCACUGCGCCGUCGCUUUCCAGAUCUUCUCUCAGCCUGACUGCAACAUCUUCUCCAGCAUCGACCCUGAGACUUUCAAACUGAUUCGCCAGGGGACGAUCACGCUGAUCCUGGCCACGGAUAUGGCGCGGCACGGCGAGAUCGUGGACUCCUUCAAGCAGAUCGUGGACGUCUUCGACUUCUCCAACGAGGAGCACGUCACCUGCCUGAAGAUGGUGCUCAUCAAGUGCUGUGACAUCUCCAACGAGGUGCGGCCCACGGAGGUGGCGGAGCCGUGGGUGGACUGCCUGCUCGAGGAGUACUUCAUGCAGAGCGACAGGGAGAAGCUGGAGGGGCUUCCAGUCGCCCCCUUCAUGGACAGAGAAAAGGUGACCAAGCCCACAGCGCAGAUCGGCUUCAUCAAGUUCGUCCUCAUCCCCAUGUUUGAGACCGUCGAGAAGCUCUUCCCUGAGAUUGAAGAGGCAAUGGUGCAGCCCCUCAGGGAGUCCCGGGACAGGUACGAGGAGCUCAAGCAGAUCGAAGACGCCACGAGAGAGGUUCAGAAAAAGAAAAGUGAGAAUUCGACCGCAGGGAGCGAGAGGAAGUGAGGUUUCCAUCGUCCAAGGUACAAGCAGCAGCUGCUCCCUCCAAACACGGGAGAGCGGACCAACACGCAUGACCACCGUGUGGUUGUUGUUCAUCGCAGCGAUAGUGUUCCUCCCCAGACGAAGACGCAACGACCAAGAGAUGACCCAAAGCCCAGCAGGGACUGUGAAACCGUACAGCAGACACUUUACGGAAAUCUCUUCUAGCUUUUUUAGCUCCUUUUUUACAGAAUGUACAGAUUUUUAGUCACAAUUCUUUCCUAU